GUUUUCUCCUGUCUGUUGCAGCACACUAGUUACUGCUUGGACUUCACAAACAGAAAUUCCUGAGCCGGCUGAUCUCUGCAGCCAUUCCCACCAUGGAUCAGGACUAUGAGAGACGUCUCCUACGGCAAAUCAACAUACAGAACGAGAACACAAUGCCUUGUGUAGCAGAGAUAAGAAGAACCUUGACACCUUCCAAUUCUCCAAUGUCUUCUCCUAGUAAGCAUGGUGACAGAUUCAUUCCCUCAAGAGCUGGGGCCAACUGGAGCAUCAACUUCCACAGAAUAAAUGAAAAUGAAAAAUCACCAAGCCAAAACAGAAAAGCAAAGGAUGCUACAUCAGACACUGGCAAAGAUGGCCUUGCCUACUCUGCCUUGCUGAAGAAUGAACUCUUGGGAGCAGGGAUUGAGAAGGUGCAGGACCCCCAGACAGAGGACAGGAGGCUGCAGCCAUCCACCCCAGAGAAGAAAUCUCUCUUCACUUACUCACUCAGCACAAAACGCUCCAGCCCGGAUGAUGGCAACGAGGUCUCACCCUAUUCCCUGUCUCCUGUCAGCAACAAAAGUCAGAAGCUGCUAAGAUCACCUCGAAAACCAACUCGGAAAAUCUCCAAGAUUCCUUUCAAAGUGCUGGAUGCCCCAGAGCUGCAGGAUGACUUCUACCUGAACCUGGUGGACUGGUCCUCUCUUAACGUCCUCAGCGUUGGCCUUGGGACUUGUGUUUACCUGUGGAGUGCUUGUACGAGUCAGGUGACGCGGCUGUGCGACCUCUCUGUGGAAGGCGAUUCCGUGACCUCCGUGGGCUGGUCAGAGCGGGGAAACUUGGUGGCCGUUGGCACUCACAAGGGCUUUGUACAGAUCUGGGAUGCAGCUGCAGGAAAGAAGCUCUCCAUGCUGGAGGGACACACAGCCAGAGUUGGUGCCCUGGCGUGGAACGCGGACCAGCUGUCGUCCGGGAGCCGCUCCUUGUCUGGAAUCACUCCAGCCUGAGUCCUGUCCAGCAGUACACAGAGCACCUGGCAGCAGUCAAGGCCAUUGCCUGGUCCCCACACCAGCACGGGCUGCUGGCCUCAGGGGGAGGCACGGCCGACCGCUGCAUCCGCUUCUGGAACACGCUGACAGGGCAGCCCCUGCAGUGCAUCGACACCGGCUCCCAGGUGUGCAACCUGGCCUGGUCCAAACACGCCAACGAGCUGGUGAGCACCCAUGGAUACUCCCAGAACCAGAUCCUCGUCUGGAAAUACCCCUCGCUAACUCAAGUAGCAAAGCUCACAGGGCACUCUUACCGAGUCCUGUACCUGGCAAUGUCCCCUGAUGGGGAGGCCAUUGUCACAGGAGCUGGAGACGAAACCUUACGCUUCUGGAACGUCUUCAGUAAAACUCGCUCGACAAAGGAGUCUGUAUCUGUGCUCAACCUCUUCACCAGGAUACGAUAAACGCCCUCCCUGUGCCCCGGGAACCUACAGCCUGACAUUCCAGGAUCAGACCACUCCCUCGGCGUGCAUGGACCUCCGGAGCCCAGCCAAGGGGAGGGAGAGCUGUGGGACUGCAGGAGGACCCAGCUCAUUAAAUAUGUGCUUGUGACCCACAGGGCUGGGCAGUAUUUGGGACGGGGUGGGGAGGGGAGGGAACUGCCAAAGGUUAUUGGAUUCAUCCUUCAUUAAGGGAAACGGGUACAAGGGCAAUGUUAACCCUGCGUCCUCCGGCCGUCGGGAUGGUGCUGGGCAGGACUCGUGUGACAUGGACCAUUGAGACUGGACCGAGGCCAUGCCCCCUGCCAUGGUGUGCCUCCUGCGAGAGAGGAGCCUGUCCUUGCUGCUGUGGGAAGGGCUUUGGCGUGCUGCUCUGUGUCCCAGAGUGCCAUCUCUGGAGGCAGGAGCCAGCCAGGCUGCUCCGGUACAGCUGGUGCGAGGGGCACAGCUCCAGGCUGGGCAUCUAAGGGCUUUGUUCAUAGCCUGGCAUCCCCAUUCCAGGAAGAAACUGGAAAACUGCCUAUUUUCCUUUCUUUUCAUUUUUUCCCCAGACAGGUACUGUAGUACUUGACAUGAUCAUUCCGUAAGACAGCUUGAUUUUUUUGGGCAUGCUUGACAGCUGCCUCUGAACAAAUACACUUUGGGGCUCUAGACUUUGGAGGAGACUUGAAAAAGCUUCACCUCUAAGGGAGCAGAUUCGGGAAGUUCUGCAGUUGCUGUUUCAUCUUCUGGGCUGAUCCUGGGAGUUACCAGAGAGCAGAAGCAAGGACUUUAUAAAAAAAGAAACCCACUCAACCACCUCUGCAUGUGGAGCUUCCUUUGGUGCUGUUGUGUGGAUGCCUUGCUCUGGAGUCUCCAUGAGGCCAAAAGCAGUUGGGAUGUGUUUGAGAAAAAUAAUAAAUGCUAAAGAUAUGAUUUUUGGGGUGAGCAGGGCCUCUUCUGGCUGGAAGAGAGGCUCUCCUGAAUCAGGGCUGCAGCGUUGCUUUUUUGUUAUCUCCAAGUCCCACACAGGGCCCUGCUGUUGAGUUUUGGUGUGUGGUUUGGGGUUUUUAGGUUGUGUGGGACGAGAGUUCUGGCUGGUGUUGGAGCCCAUGGGGUGUAUCACAAAUGCUCUGUGUGUGUGUGUGUGUGUGGUGCUUUUAAUUUAAGAGAAGCUGUCAGGCUGCACAGCCUGUUCCAUCUGACCUGUGCCUGUGCCUGCCCAGGCCCUGCCUGCCUCCUGCCCUCUCCCAGCGUUGCUUCCUGUUCCCAUGUGCAAUUCCCUGGCUGUGUAUAUAGACUUGUCUUCUCCCUGUAGAUUGCAUAGGUAAUGCUUUCCCUUGCUUUUUUUUCCCUUUGUUGUUUUGUCUGCUCUGCCUUCUUUCCCUAAAACCAGGUGGUAGGAAUAUGAUUGUCUGUCCCCAGUCCCACCAGUAUCCUUAGGGUGAGCCAAGGUGUGAGAAGGCCAGUACAGCCUGGACCACGUGUGCCACCACGCCCGUGCCUGUGUCACGCACACUGGGAGCCACUGGUGAGGAGCUGGUGCUGGGAUCAGCCCCCUGGCAGUGCUGUGCCUGUGUCACACACACUGGGAGUCACUGGUGAGGAGCUGGUGCUGGCAGCCCCCUGGCAGCUCCGAGGCCCACAGGCCCCUUUGUCAUCUCACAGUCUCACUUGCCACCAAAACGAAAUUACCAUGAAGUUUCUGAAGCACUGUUUGAGUGCAACUGCUUUAGUGUAGCUCUGGCCAUGGGAUGUGAGGCAUGGUUUGAAGUCACCCCUGGGCCUGUCUUGUGUUGUUUGUUCCACUUGUGGGCACUGUUCCACAUCACCGUGGGUUGGGAGCACCCCAAAGCACCCAGGAGGUGUUAAAUUAAGUUGGAUCAUUCAAAUGAGGAAUGGGUUUGAAGUAAAGGGUCACCUGCAGGAAGAGAUGGUGUGUUGUGGGUGUCAUCACCUGGGGAAAGGGCCGUUCAGGGGGGCUGGGGAGGCUGGUGGCUGUGCUGUGGGUUUUCCUGUUGUGGAUUGCCUCCUGCUGAAUAGCAGUGUGCACACCCCCAGGACACACUGCUUUUCUCCUCUGCGAGGGUGGAGGUGCUUGGGCUGGGGGUGCACAGGAGGGUUCAGCCCGUUCUGGAGCAGGGCACCCAGCUGGGGUGUAUGGUGAGUGUGGUGGUGUUUGGGUUCCCCAGUGCCCUGGGACUCCACAGGAGUGGAAUUGCCUCUCCCCCUGUGAUGGGGGAACUUCCUCAAGAAGCUGGAGGGAGUGGCAGUGCUCUGGGGUGGGCAGUGCCAGCUGGGCACUGCAGCCACUGCCCAGUGCUCCCAGCUGCACAGCAGGGGUAGCUCCUCAUUGCUCUGUCCCCCACUAUUGUCCCUUCUUGCCAAGGACUCUCCCAAACUGCAUCCUGUGUCUACACCUCACUUUUCUGUCUGCCUUGGGAGGAGGUUGGCUCGUGGUGGCUUCUCUUACUGCACUUGGCAGGGGGCUGGUGAUUGCCAGGCCAGGGUUAGUGAUUGCCAGGCCAGGGUUAGUGAUUGCCAGCCAGGGCUGUUCUGUGGCCACACGGUUGGUGGCAGAGCAUGGCAGGAACAGGCUGCUCACCCUGAGCUCGCUGUCAGCCCGGUACCGGCACCUUCUCUGCCUCGCUGCCAGGCAGGGGCUCCCAGUUGUAUCCGUGUGCAGGUGGGUGUGUGCAGGUGUCUCAGGGUGUUACUGUCACUGUCACCUGCUGCUCAAGAGAGAAGAGGGCAGAGCCGAGGUGAUGUGUCGGUGUGUGUGAUCCGUGGGCACUGGCUCGGGCACAGGGUCCUCCCAGAGCUGUGUGACAAAAGUCUGUGGCAUCGUUGUAUCCCAGGUGUCAUGUGAUGGAAAACAAACAUGGAGCACGCUGUAACCUUCAUGUAAAGCAAUUGAACUGUCAUUAAACAGGUUAUGAAUUUACUGGGA